UCCGUCCCUUUACUGUAUCGGCCGGGAGCUAAAUACUUGACUUUCAAUGAGAUCUCUGCACUAACAAGCGUCGCUCUCGAAAAUAUUUGCUAUUAUGCGACACCCGCUCGAGAAAUCGAGUUAACUCUCACAUUAAAAUUCAUAUUCCGAGCGAGAUGAACGCAAAUAUUUUUCUAGUUUUAACGCCCGUAUUGUCUUACCGGUUUUUACCAGAACAUGAAGUAAAUUAUAAUCCGAUAAGUUUACAACAUACUUAUACACCUAAUAUAGAAGAAGUACCUCAUCAUGUGCUUAUAAUAUAUAGCAAUUUGUUCUGUUCGGGAAGUCUUGUUAGCAGCAUUACCGUGGUCACCGCAGCGAGUUGCUUUUGGAAAAAUACUGACGAGAAAGUCAUGGUAAAAGUUGGUAGCAAUAUUCUUUCUGAUGGGAAAAACAUUUAUAACGUUGAUUCAAUUAAAAUACACGAAUAUUAUAAACAUUUGGGCGAUACGGACAAUGAUAUCGCGCUACUUCUACUUAAAAAUCACGUUUCAUUUAGUACAGGCGUAAAAAAAAUUAUCCUCGUGGAGCCAGAGACCGUGUUACGAGAGAAUACAGUAAUGACAGUAUCUGGAUGGAGUACAUCUAAACUUACCCCAAAAGUAGGAAAUAUGUUACUGUGGUCAGAGAUGGUGGUAAUAAAUAGAAACGACUGUGUUCGUAACUAUGGACGACUCAUUACGCCGUCGAACUUUUGUGCGAAAUAUAACUUAGUAAGACGUCUAUACGACAAUGGUGGCCCUGCGGUGUAUCAAGACCUUCUUGUUGGUAUUAUGUCUUUCGGAAAUGCUGAACCAAAGGAACCGUACUUAGCUGUAUUUACAAAUAUUUCGUACUUUUACAGGUGA